AUGGCGAUUCGCCCUUUGAUUAAAAGGGCCCGGGCGGUCUUCCAUCGGACGAGACUCGAUCGUGAGGAGGCUGUGAGUAGUUCGAUCGAUGUUGACACAAGCAAUGUCAAUGAGCCCAAAACUGAUCAAAUAUACCCUGUGGCCGACGAGGUGCUUCCAAACAACGGCGCGGAAGUGCCGGGCGUGCCAUUUGAAGAGCUUCAACACGGUGUCAAAGACGCCGAGGCUAUUGCUCAGACCUGGUCGAAGCCUGCGUUGAUCGCUGUUUUAAUCAACAUUUGGUUCCUUUACUUCGUCUAUGCAUUCAUCUCAUCGGUGAAUGGCAGUUUGAGUACUUAUGUCGCCAGUUCAUUCCAACAACACUCCCUGUCCGGUCUCCCCACUGCUAUGGCCGAUGCAUUCUCUGCUGCAGUUUUCCUCCCCGUAGCGAAAAUGAUGGAUACCUGGGGUCGUGCUGAAGGAUUCCUGCUCAUGGCAAUUUGUGCUACCAUUGGGCUGGUCCUCAUGGCUGCUUGUGACAGCUUCUCUAUCUAUUGUGCUGCCAAUGUGCUUUACUACCUUGGCUUCAGUGGCAUGGAAUUCGCCGUAGACGUUGUCACGGCCGACGUUACUCAGUUGAAGAACCGAGCCCUAGCUUACGCUUUCACAUCGUCUCCGUAUAUAAUUACGGCGUUUGCGGGACCGAAAGUGGCGGAACAAUUUUACGACAACGUUAGCUGGCGAUGGGCCUAUGGAACUUGGGCGAUCAUCUUCCCUAUUAUUGCUGCCCCUCUCUUCUUCAUUUUGAAGUUCAACCUCCACAAAGCCCACAAGGCGGGCCUUGUCACCGAAAAAGAGAACAGCGGCCGCAACUUCUUCCAAAGUGUUUGGUUCUGGAUUAUCGAAUUCGAUUUGUUCGGAGUGUUUAUCUUCACUGCUGGACUGAUCCUCUUCGAGCUUCCGUUCGAUAUCGCCACCGAGGCCCCUAACGGCUGGGGCACUGACUAUAUCAUCGCCAUGAUUGUGGUCGGAUUCUCGAUGCUCUUCUUCUUUGGAUUCUACGAGAAGUGGAUCGCGCCCGUUCCUUUGCUCAACUGGGGUUUCCUUACGAACCGCACUGUUGUCGGCGCGUGCUUAUUGGAUGCCACAUACCAACUUUCGAACUACUGCUGGAACAACUAUUUCCAGAACUUCCUGCAAGUGGUUAAUGAUUUGACUAUUGCCGAAUCCGGAUACGUUGUCAACACAUUUGACGUGGUUUCUGGUGUACUGUUGUUCGGUGUUGGAGCUGCCAUUCGUAAGACGGGUCGCUUCAAGUGGCUCCUAUAUAUCUCCGUUCCUCUCUAUAUCUUUGCUCAGGGCUUGAUGAUUUACUUCCGUCACCCCGGCCAGAGUGUCGGAUACCAGGUUAUGUGCCAGAUCUUCAUCUCAAUUGGCGGAUCCAUCUUCAUCAUCGUGGAACAGCUGGCCAUUUUAGCCGCUGUCGAUCACCAGCACGUUGCCACAGCCCUUGCUUUGCUCAAUGUUGUUGGUACCAUUGGUGACUCUGCCGGUCUUACUAUCUCCACGGCGAUUUGGAACAAUACAUUCAAGAAGGCACUCAUCCGAAACCUUCCAGACUUGUCCGAUUUGGAGUCGAUCUACGAGGAUGUGGACCAGCAAUUGAGCUAUGCCCCUGGAACUGCGAUGAGAGAGGCAAUCCAGAAGUCCUACGGUUACUCUCAGGUGAGAAUGCUUUCAGCUGGACUGGGAGUUAUGGUUCUCGCCUUUGCGUGGACCAUCAUGAUCAAGAACAUCGACCUGAAGAAGGUUGCCCAGGUUAAGGGUGUGGUGUUCUAA